UCUACAAACAGACACGGAUGAAUGCGUGAAAGUCCUCUAAAGACAGCACAGGUUUGUCGGUUGGCUCCGCGCUGCGCGUCACACACACCUGCCCAGCUAAACUCCGCCCCUCGCUUGUAAUAAAACCUCCGGAGUCAGGAAGACCUGUCAAUUCCUCCCAAUCCAUGAGCACAACCUCUUCAAAGUAUCUCUCACUGCAUGUUACCACAGACAGUCAGUGACACAGGGGAUUUAAACGCACCACAUUCUUGAGCCAUUUCACAACUUAAAAAGACAUCUUGAACCAAAACCACUGUGGGCGCCUCAUCUCAGCCCUCCAUGCUCCUGCAAUCCGGCGGGUGUUAAGAUCCAUGGAAGUAGCCGGCUUCUACGACGAGGGCAGCUUUGCUAUCCACAGUAGAGACAGCAUUAUCAGCCCCAUCAGCGGCGGCAGCUCUUAUUGGAGGCUCGGUGACUCGAUGACGGAGCUGGGAAUUGAAGAGCGGGAGAGAGCGAUAGACUUCAGUGUUUACCUGGACUCAGCUUUGCACUAUCCGCAGCUGGCGGCGCAGACGCAGCAGCAGCACCAGCAGCAACAGCACCAGCAGCAGGGGGACGUUUUCUCAGAUUUCCUGGCUGAGAAUAAGAUCAAGAGAGUUGCAGCGAACUACAAGAACUACACGCUGCUCAACGAGCUGGAGACGAGUCAGCGCGACAACUUGAGGGACCCCAGGGAGCCCUACGCGCUGGGUUACACCGAGCUGCAGGAGACCCGGGUGGAUAGUGUGCUCAGCCCUGAAGUCGUCGGGAGCCGCUACAGAACUGCUGCUGCUGCUGCUGCUGCUGAGAGAGACGACAGCCAGGAAGACGCAAAGAUGGAGAACGGGUCGUCUGGCUUUGACAUGAGGUCCUACCUUCAUUACCAAUCCACCAGCGGCAGUCUCGGAAACAUCUCCACCGCGUCCUCGACUUGCUCCAGCCCGCCCGGCACACCUGCCCCGUCAGGUAAAAGCAGGUCACCAUCGCACGGUGGCAAAAUGUCCAGCGGGAAACCAAAGAAACGCCUGGACAAGGACAGUGAAGAGUACAAGAUGAGGCGGGAGAGGAACAACCUCGCCGUGAGGAAGAGCAGGGACAAAGCCAAACUGCGCAACUUGGAGACUCAACAUAAAGUGCUGGAACUGGCUGCAGAGAACGAUCGUUUACAAAAGCGUGUGGAGCAGCUGUCCAGAGAGCUGGCCACCCUGCGCAACCUACUCUCUGCCACCGGACAAUGUUAGAAGCCUCCAAGCAGAGACUCAACACGGCUCUCUGGGCUGCUUGUCUAAUCAUUGAUGGACUUUAGAGCCGGAGGUGAACCACUGAGCAAGGGUUGAACACGGUACGCUACACGGGUGAAGACAGCGGCCACCAGUUUACAAGGACACUUUGAAUGGGACUGAAGAAAGUGGGUGCAUGGAUUGCGCAAUCAUUCAUGAUUCUUGACAUGUCACCUUAGCUUUAUUCCCCAGAUGUAAUUUUGUGUACAUGCAGUAUUUCUGUGCAGGUUUUACAUACAUGCGAGUGAAUUUAUACAUUUUGUGUAUUUGGAGCAAUGGUUGUCAAGGGGAAGAGUUGUGCUGCAGUGAAAUGAUGCAACUCUUUGUAAUACUAUUGGCAGUGAAUGAAAUAAGUCUAAUUAUUUAAUAUUAAAAAGGUGAAAUGCUUUAAUUGUACUUGAUAUUUUAUUGAAUUAAACA